UCUAGCUUGCAGAAAUUGAUACUAUACUUCUAUGGCUUGUAUAAAUGAAUGAGCAAGGUGUCAGCAGACAUAGAGCUACACACAAGCAUAAAUUAGACUAGCUAUAGCAGUUAAAGUUCUCAGUAUAUAUAGAUGUUGCAUGACACUCCAUGGAGCAGACAUCCCAUAGACGAUACUCAACGAGUCAAAGAGAAAUGAGCUCGAGCAGUAGCAAACCACUAACCCCCAACAAUCCUUUGUUAGAAGUAAACCCCUCUGCCUGUCUCCUUGUGCUUGGUGCUGCAGCUACAGGCUCCAAGAGCUGCAGAGAACUGAUGGAAGCAGCCACAAGAUACUUACAAACUUGCAAGAAAUUGUCCUUCUCUGCUAAAAAGAAAGUAAUUGCAGAAAUCAAGAAAGCUGACAAAACAGAUGUUGGUGCAGCCCUGCAAAGAGCUGUUAGAAUAUUGAAGGAGGCAGAUAGCCUGUCUGAAUGGUUGCAGUUGGUGUUCCAUGAAGCAAGCCCCACCCCUCUCUCUCCAACUCUAGAGCAAUGUCUGGAGCUGCAGAAGCAAGGUGCCCUGUUGGCAUGCACACAGCUGGACUCUCUGCCCGGCACCAGACAAGCUACUCUGCAUGAUGAGGAUGCCUUCAAGAGUUGGUUGAGCUCAGACACAGCGGAGGAGGAGGAGGAAUACAUUAACGUUGAGUCUGAUGAUGGCAGUAUUGUCCUUCACUUGUGCGGCAUCUACACAAGACUAGAUACUGUCUGGACCGGAGAUGAAGAAGAUAGUACUAGAAAUUAUGAACCUCGGCACAAAAAUGCAUUCGUUAAAUUCAAAAACAUUCUUCAACGACGACUAGUUAUAUUUGUAGGGUUUCAAGGUGAAACACAGAAUCGAUUUGUUUUAAACUUUAUAAACAAUUUUUACACUCAAUCAACCGAAAGAGUUUUAAAGUAUCCUCCCAUCAUUCUCACAAGUCCAAACUGGCAGAGGGGAAGUUCUAGGAAAGAAGUUGAAGGAAACGUGUUCUCCCAUUUUCUCACUCUCCAAGUACAAGAAGAAGACGCAGCGUUGCUAGGGAAUCUGAUCUCUCGUGGAUCAAAGCGAAACUUCUCUGUUGCUCGCGGGUUGACAGAUAAACAAGGCGGCGAUGGGACCAAGUAUCAAGCAUUUCUGCUCUUCAACGAAAAGCAGAGCUUUCGUAAACUCGGGGAAAUUAUUUACCACCAGAGUCAAUCAGGAGAGAUCUAUGUUCGACGUGACGCUCUGACAGUUGCAUUCGAUUCUGGGAGAAUUCUGUACAGCAAUAUUAUAACGUAUGGUGGUAGUGGGCUGAGGCAGCUGUGGGGACUCGUGUUUGCAGAUGGGUCCACUUUACUGGGGAAGGGUCUGGUCGCGUUUGGACUGCAAAACUCUGCCAUUGUUUGGAUACGAGGAAGACCAGAUGGUUUGGGAGAUGUGUCAGAGGUGAGUACCACGUAUGCAGGUAAGAACACCUGCACAGUUGCAACUACUACCAUGAUGAGUUUAGCCCCUCAAGCCCCAGCCAUCACCACUCAACCAAAGUUCCCUGAGGGCAGCUCGUCGUUAUGGCACCUCCCUGGCACGCCCAUUGCCAAGUCCUCCAUACACGUUGGCCCGAGAGCAGGCAGUGUGUAUAACUUCCCUGCAGUCACUACCAAUGGACACAUUCGUAUCCCACCCCCUCCAAAACUCAUAAAGAUAUCUGAAGCCGCUAAGAGCACUACGGCAACCGAUGGUCCCAUAACUGUGACCUCUCAUAUCUCAGUCAUCAGCUCAACUCAUGACACUAAAUCGAUUGUGGAGAACAAAGAAGCCAGGUACAUGCAAGCCAUAGUGGACUUGCAGGAGCGUAUUGAUCACCAGUUAGCCUCGGGUGUGUGUGCUACUUCAGAAAGUGGUCUAGCGUUUAUAAAACCAUCGUUACUUUCGCAGACUGGCGAACAAGACAACGUUUCGUCGUUCUGUCCUCCACGAUACUGUGUGGCCGAAGCACCGGAACUGUUACUGGACAUCAUCAGUCAAACUCCUUUUGUGAAGAUUCACGAACACACAAUUGAACAAUUUGAGAGACCAACAAUAACAAGAGAUAGAAUGCACCCACCAUCACUUAAACCCUUGACCCCACGGGAUCCCGACACAUCCACGGACGUACCUAAACUAAUUCCACAACAGUCACAUCCGCCCCCACACUCUAUACUAAUGUCUCAUCCACCCCCACACUCUACAGCAACAUCCCCUUCUCCUAGUAGACGAGACUCUGAUAUGUCUCGUAAGAGGAAGGCGCAGUCACUCGGUGAAGAACCACCUCCUCUCCGCCGCCAUCGACCCAAUAUGUUGUUAAGUACUGUCCCUAUCCAAUCCUCCUCGCCCAUUGUCCAUCCCAUUGUAACCAAUCAAGCCAGAAUACCCACGCCAAUGGCUGCUACAUCGAUCCCAAAUUACUGCCUAGCACUGAAUACGUUUCCAGUGAUGCUUGUGAACCCUACUAUGCCGAUGGUUCAGCCAAUUCCAUUGGGCGCUGGGUUGGCAGGCAACCAGCUAUUGUAUUACAUGACACCAAAUAGUUUUCCUGCAGCAGAGCAGCAACAGGCAAACAAUACGUCAUCACUUAUACUCAGUCCUCACACUCUGUCUAGAACCUCUCCCGCUGACUGCAAUGAUGACCUGGACUAUUCUAAACCACUCAAGAUUGAGCGUGUCUGCAACGAUGCUGCAAAGCAUAUAGCUGGAGGUGGUGCAGGAGGCGGUGUGUCGCCAGUUGCUGGGAGAGAGGAUCGGCCUGGGACUGAUAACAAAGUGUCUGAGAGUGAGUGUUCUGAGGAGCCUGAAGAGGUUGGAAGUAGCUCUCCGUCUGUCAGCCCUCACUCCACUCUCGCAAGUGAUGGAAGUGUGCAGCUGUGGAUCUUCCUAUUGGACCUCCUCUUAUCACCUGACUAUCGACACAUCAUUCAGUGGACAGGACAUAAAUACGAGUUCCAUAUCGUCCAACCAGCUGCUCUCGCUAUAUUGUGGGGUUCCUAUAGAAACAGACCUCACAUGACCUACGAAAAGAUGAGCAGAGCUUUGCGUUAUUACUACAGCCGUGGAAUUCUUGAGACUGUUCGGGGAAGAAGACAAACAUUUUGCUUCUGUUUAGAUAUUUUCAAAUAUGUAUCCAGUAAUAAAGACAAGAAAACUUUAGACUAUUUAAGAUCUUGUUGUCAACUUUAACAUUCUCCAAUCACUGUUCAUGUACACAAUAUAAUUAUAUUAAUCAUGCCAUUUAUUUGCCUAAUUGCAUGAACUCAAUAAGUUUGUAAAUUAUAUAACUUGACGAUGAUAAA